GUACAGCGAGCGGCGGAGGAACUGGCUAUACCCAACGGCAAGCUAGUGGUAUAUUUCACAACGGCCGACAUUUUCAAAGAAAUUUACUCGGUUUUUCGCCAAAAAAUAAUCUUUGGACUUACUGGAAGAAUCGCGUACUGCUACUGGAUCUACUAUAGGCUUCUUUUUAAGUUGUCCGCGGUCAACAACUCGUCCAAAUCGAGGGGUUUGUAACGUCCGAGCUGACGGGGAGAAGCUCUCCGCCUCGGGAUCACCGGGGUUUUAAAGGACUCUCAAGGGGCAAAGAAGAAGAAGAAGAAGUGUAUGAAGUGUAGAAACGGCGACGGACAUUUUCCGCCCUGAUCUUUCUGUGUCAAGGAUAUUAAGCUUUGUGUCGGGAUACUAGUUUUUUUUUUUUACCUGGGCAGAAGAGAGGGGAGGACUCAGUCCAGACAAAGGUGCACAGCAGAGGCCGACGAGGUGGUGCAUCCAGGGGCCGGGGUCUGCCGAGAGCAGGGCUUUGUCCGCCGCCAUCCUGCGCAUACAGGGGAGGGGGUUGCGGUGAUUUACCGCACCUUGGCUGGGAUUACGGAAAGAGAGAGAACACACCGAAUUCCCCCGCGUAAAGGACGCGACAUGUAUCCACAAGGCCGGCAUCCGGCACCUCACCAGCCAGGGCAGCCUGGUUUCAAGUUCACUGUAGCGGAGUCCUGCGACAGGAUCAAAGACGAAUUCCAGUUCCUGCAGGCCCAGUACCACAGUCUGAAAGUGGAGUAUGAUAAACUGGCCAAUGAGAAGACAGAGAUGCAGCGUCACUACGUCAUGUACUAUGAGAUGUCCUAUGGGCUCAACAUUGAGAUGCACAAACAGACUGAGAUUGCCAAACGUCUCAAUGCAAUUCUGGCUCAGAUCAUGCCGUUCUUGUCACAAGAGCAUCAACAGCAGGUGGCUCAGGCUGUUGAGCGAGCCAAGCAGGUGACAAUGACUGAGCUGAAUGCUAUCAUCGGGGUACGUGGACUUCCCAAUCUGCCCCUCACUCAGCAGCAGCUCCAGGCUCAGCACCUCUCUCACGCGGCCCACGGCCCCCCGGUCCAGCUGCCCCCGCACCCUUCGGGUCUGCAGCCGCCCGGCAUCCCCCCUGUGACAGGCGCUGGCUCCGGCCUGCUGGCUCUGGGUGCUCUUGGCAGCCAGGCCCACCUGCCAGUGAAGGAUGAGAAGAACCACCACGACCUGGAGCACAGAGGCCCCUCAUCUUUUCACUCGCCUCUGGCCAUUCCUCUGAAAGAACGCGAGUCGAGCACGAAUAACUCAGUGUCGCCAUCAGACAGCCUGCGAGCAGCGAGUGAGAAGCAUCGCGGCUCUUCAGAUUACAGCCUCGACUCCAAGAAACGCAAAGUGGACGACAAAGACAGCAUGAUCAGAUAUGACAGUGACGGAGACAAAAGCGACGACUUGGUGGUGGACGUCUCCAACGAGGAUCCGGCCACCCCUCGAGUCAGCCCCGCUCACUCACCUCCAGAAAACGGCCUGGAUAAAUCACGAGUCCUGAAGAAGGAUGCUGCCCCCAACAGCCCCGCCUCCGUCGCCUCAUCGGGCAGCACGCCGUCCUCCAAAGCGAAGGACCACGCCCAUAAUGACAAGUCGUCCACACCGAGCCUGAAGUCCAACACACCUACACCAAGAAAUGAGGCCCCGACACCAGGAACCAGCACCACUCCAGGACUGCGGCCUCUCACCAUGGGCAAGCCAACCGGCAUGGAGGCGUUAGCCGCUCCGGCCCUGCGUACACCUCUGUCCAUUGCGGGUUCCUAUGCCAGCCCAUUUGCUAUGAUGGGUCAUCAUGAGAUGAACGGAUCCCUGACCAGCCCCGGCGUCUAUCCGGGUCUCAUCUCCCCACAGAUGAGUGCCGCAGCUGCCGCCGCAUACGGACGCUCACCAAUUGCGGGGUUUGACCCUCAUCCUCACAUGAGAGCUCCAGGCCUGCCAGCCAGCCUCACGUCCAUUUCUGGAGGAAAACCAGCUUAUUCUUUUCAUGUGAGCGCAGACGGUCAGAUGCAGCCCGUUCCCUUCCCUCCAGACGCACUGAUAGGCCCGGGCAUCCCGCGCCACGCCCGCCAGAUCAACACGCUGAGCCACGGGGAGGUGGUGUGCGCCGUCACCAUCAGCAACCCCACACGCCACGUCUACACCGGCGGCAAGGGUUGUGUCAAGAUCUGGGACAUCAGCCAACCAGGCAGCAAGAGCCCAGUGUCCCAGCUCGACUGCCUGAACAGGGACAAUUACAUCCGCUCCUGCAAGCUGUUGCCUGACGGCCGCACCCUGAUAGUGGGCGGCGAGGCCAGCACGCUGACCAUCUGGGACCUGGCCUCACAGACGCCCCGCAUAAAGGCCGAGCUCACUUCCUCUGCUCCAGCCUGCUACGCGCUGGCCAUAAGUCCUGACGCCAAGGUCUGCUUCUCCUGCUGCUCAGAUGGAAACAUCGCCGUGUGGGACCUCCAUAACCAGACGCUCGUUAGGCAGUUCCAGGGCCACACAGAUGGAGCCAGCUGUAUCGACAUCUCCCACGAUGGAACCAAACUGUGGACCGGGGGGCUCGACAACACCGUCCGCUCCUGGGAUCUGAGGGAGGGACGUCAGCUCCAGCAACACGACUUUACCUCACAGAUCUUCUCGCUGGGCUACUGUCCCACUGGAGAAUGGCUGGCUGUGGGCAUGGAGAGCAGCAACGUGGAGGUGCUUCACCACACUAAGCCCGACAAGUACCAGCUGCACCUGCAUGAAAGCUGCGUCCUCUCACUCAAGUUCGCCUACUGUGGUAAAUGGUUUGUGAGCACAGGGAAGGACAAUCUGCUGAACGCAUGGAGGACUCCUUAUGGUGCCAGCAUAUUCCAGUCGAAGGAGUCGUCCUCCGUCCUGAGCUGUGACAUCUCAGCAGACGACAAAUACAUCGUGACAGGAUCCGGUGACAAGAAGGCCACCGUCUACGAGGUCAUCUACUAGGAAGGAGGCUCCCGCUCUGCUUCAGCACUUCUAUUGAGAUGACUUGUGCUUUCCCCCCCGACCAUCCAUCUGUGGAUUACAGCAGACUGAGACGAACUACAGAUCUGGAAAACUUCUCUGGCAGAAAUCGAUGGAGAUGUUGGCCUGAGGAUGCUUGUGCUGGAAAGAAGAAGUCAACCUGUCUUUUUUUUAUCCUUUUUUUUUUUUUUUGGAGGGUUUAUUUUUGGGUUACACUUUUUUUUUUUUCCUGUUUUCCUUGAGAAAAUUUGGGUGUAACCCGAUGGAGCGGCGCUUCAUUUCUGAGAACCUCGUUCCCCAGACGUCUUGUGAAAAGUGUACAUAUCGAAUUAAAUAAAAGACAUUUUAUAUAUAUAUUAUAAGAAUAUAUAUAUUUUCAUGUCCUGGGUGUAUUGUGAUGAUUUUUUUGGCCCACUCUGUCCUAUGCCAUGAUAUGAGUGGGGGAGCAGAACAUAGGGUAGAACUUUUUAACUUUUUGAUUUUCUUAAAGCACAUUCUCCAGGCUGACUUUUUCAGAAAUCAAACAGAGGAGCGUGAAACUUGUGAGUUUUAAAAUGGCCUUUUGUCACAGUGCUCUUACCGAACGAUGAAAACGUGGAGUCCUCUGACUCGGGCAGAGCCUCUGCUGGUUUGGACCAGUUUGGGACCGAGCAGGAUGCUAUGAUUCAGGAAAAGAGAUGGAUGUAAACUUAAUUCAUAUAUAUAUACACAUAUAUAUAUAUAUAUAAAGACCUUUUUAAAGUGUACAUCUCUGUGCUAUCUUUUUCCCUGUUUGUUUGUUUUACCUUGUUAGAUUACGGGAGAUAGGGAACGUUUAAUGUUUAGCCUAACCUUUGGACCUCAGUUGGCAGCAGAAGCACUGCAGCAGGCACAAACUGAGUGACAAUGUGCUUUUUGCUAACUUGACGUAAUAUGGAUGUUGAAUUGCACAAUUGAUUUCUUGGCUACAGACUAAACUCAAACAGUCCAAUCUGCGCUAUUGGAAUCCUUCUGCCCCCUUGUAUCUUAUCAAUAUUCCUGGAACAUGUUUGGUCGGCCAUGAUGGGGAGAGGCAGAGACGUGUAACUGCUCAUGCGAAAAGGAGGGAAUGGAACAGACAAACACAAAUUAUUAAAUCAAAUGUCUCCCAUGUUGACGUGAAGACAACAGUGAGUAAUUCUGGUUUGUACACUGUGCUCAAGUACAAGAAAAUAAAAGGGGCAAAAUGCGUCAGUCCCUCUGAAUCACACCAAAGUAUGUAGCAAAUGCUGUCAGCACUGAAAAGAAAUGUACAGUUGUUAAUAAAUCAAUAAAACCGUUUUUGUAGA